AUGGGGCACGUACAACAAGAGGCUUUCGACAAGAUCAAAGAUUACCUUGUGCAACCCUCGAUUUUAUCACCUCCCUGUAGGAAUAGAUGUAUAAGAUUGUACAUAGUUGCGUUUGAUGUAACGUUAGGGAGCAUGUUGGCUCAGGAGGAUGAAAAUGGUGUCGAACGGGCCAUUUACUACCUUAGUAAACUUCUAAAUGAUGCAGAAACCAGAUAUAGUAUAGUCAAAAAAUUAUGCCUAUGUCUAUAUUUCUCUUGUACAAAACUAAAGCAUUAUAUAAAGCUAGUUGAUGUGUGUGGUUCGUCUCGUUUUGACGUUAUUAAGCAUAUGUUAUCUAAACCUAUCUUACAUAGUCGAAUUGGUAAAUGGGCUUUGGCUUUGACGAAAUAUUCUUUAACUUGUAUGCCUUUAAAGGUUGUUAAGGGACAAGUGGUAGCAGACUUUAUAGUCAACCACUCUAUAGUACAAAAUUCCUUAAACUAUAUGGAGUUGGAGCCUUGGAAGUUGUACUUCGAUGGUUCUACUCAUAAAGAUAGAACAGUCGUGGGGGAAACAAAGCUAGGUUAUGCUAAUAAAGAAAAAUUCGAGAUUCUAGAAAUGGAUUGUUUGGCAGACGAAGAUUGGAGAAAACCAAUAGGGGAAUAUUUAGAGAAUCCAACAAUAUCUAUUGAACGAAAAGUCAGGUAUCGAGAUUUAAUCUACGUUCUUAUAGGAAAUGAAUUAGUCAAAAAGACACCUCAAGGAGUCUUACUUAAAUGCCUUGGUGAAUCUGAGGCUAAUGGUCAGGUCGAAGCAGCAAAUAAGGUGGUAAUUGGGCUAAUUCAAAAUCAUGUGGGGAAGAAGCCAAGAAAUUGGCAUAAGACGUUAGACCAGAUUUUAUGGGCUUGUCGAACCUCCAUUAAAGAGGCUACAAAUGAUACGCCUUUCCGGCUAACAUAUGGUCACGAUGUUGUUUUGCCAAUCGAAAUCCACUUACAAUCAACAAGAAUUCAUAGGCAUCGUGAAAUUCCAUAUGAGUCUUAUUGGAAUAUGAUGUUAUAUGAAUUAGUCGAUUUAGACGAAGAAAAAUUAAGUGCCUUUGAAUUAUUAAAAAGGCAGAAAAAAAGAGUAGAAAAGUCUUAUAACAAAAGGGUUAAAGUUAAAUUAUUUUCGACUGGAGACUUAGUGUGGAAAGUGAGUUUACCCAUUGAUCGGAAAGAUAGAGCAUUUGGGAAAUGGUCCCCUAAAUGGGAAGGAUCAUUUCAAGUUACUCAAGUUUUUUCAAACGACGCAUAUGAAAUUGAAGAAUUAGUUAGAGAUCGAAAACUCUUGAAAGUAAAUGAGAAAUAUUUGAAGAAACAUAAGUGGUCGGAAAAAUAG